ACCUCAAUCAUGCAUUCUUUUUCGGACAAAACUUAAAAAGAACACUUGAAAGUCGAAUUAUAUAUAUUACUUUGUACACACGCGAUAUGAAAAUGAAAUCAAACAUUCAUCAAUGAAUUAUUGUAAUAAAACAACACAUACGAAUCAGAGAAACAUGAAAAUAUCGUCGUCGCAGCAAUCAAGCCUCCUCGAGUGUUGUAUGUGUGGGGAUUCUGGUAUUACUCAAGAGCUUUUUCAAUGCAAAAUUUGUCAUUUCAGAUCUCAACACAGAUAUUGCAGCAAUCUGUAUCCAAAAGCUGGGGUUUAUGAAGUUUGUAACUGGUGUUUGAAUCAAGAGGAGCAUUCAAAGGAAAAGUCUCAGAAUUCAUUGAAUUCUUCAGCUUCAUCUAAAGGCAAAAACGAAGAUGAUAAUAAUAAGAACAAGAAAAAGGCUGAUAAUCACCAUGGAGCUGGCUUUAAAGGCAACCGAAGAAAUGCCAACAGUUUAAAGCAACAACAAUUGAUGAAAGUUCCCAUCAAGAAACCCAAGUUAGAAGAGAAAAUGAAGCGAAAAAGGAUCAUAAAGAAUGCUUAUUUAGAAGAAAAGCUUAGAAGAACAAAGUUAGAAGAGAUAUCGAAGAAUGGGGUCAUUACAAGACAUUUUUCCAGAAACAAGGUAAGAAGAUAUAAGCUUUUGGAUGAGGUUUCAAGUUAAAAACAUUAACACAAUUAUGAAGUUGGGUUAAAUGAGUGCAACCCAAUUGGUCAGCUGGAGAAGUCAACUAGGGCUGUUUCAAACAAGGGUUGUUUUCUUUUCUUCCAAACAGAUAAAAUCUCAGUUAAGGUUGGAGGAAAGUCUUGGAAUGAUGGAUACCAUUAUGGAUCUUUGAUAUAAUAGAUAGUUAAAAAUAAAGAAUUUUGCCUUGUUCUUCAAUAUGAUUUAUCAAAUUCUAGGCUUCCAAUAUUGAAAUA